AUGGAUAACAGUCAUUUACGUGGAAUUAUAUUGAAACUUCAGGAUUGUUUAAGUGAUAAUGAUCGACAACGUUUACAUUUUUUUCUCGGAGACACUGUUCCACGACCAAUUAGAGAUGACCAAACACUAAAUGGUACUCUGAGGUUAAUGGAAUCACUUUUUGAUCAAGAUAAAAUCAAUGAAAGAGAUGUCACAUUUUUAACCAAUGCUUUUGCUGCAAUUCAAUGUGUUGAUGCUGUCAAACUUCUCAAUGGUAUACUUAUUCAUUUGAUUAAUAUUCUAAUAGAUUUUGUUCAUUUAGAACAUAUGAAACGGAUGCACUCAAAUCGCUUGCAUAAAUCAACACAGAGUUUAUCACCAAUAAUUCCAUCAUUUAUUGAUCAAAUUAUUAUGGAUCAAGAAGAUAAAAGUUCUACUAAAACUUGUGAGUAG